UGGCUAAUUUAGUGACGAAUGAGUGAAAGAGUGAUCUCCACUUUUUUUAAUAACAUUACUUUUUAGAACGUGUUUAAAUAAAGCAUGACUGGUGCUGAUUUUCUGUAAAUUAAAUUAUUUAUAUGCUGUUAUCUUCAAAUUUUUCCAUUUAUUUCAUUUUUGGUUCGAGAAUUUUUUAUUGAUUUAAAGUUCGCCAAAUUGGUAUCCGUAAAAAAUUGGGCUGCGGUGGCUUUGAUUGAAACUUAGCUUUGAUUGAGCGAUUUAGAAAAAUGCACUGCUCAUUCCAGUUCGAUUAAAGACUGUCGGCUACGUGACUUUCCUGAAGUGAAGCUACCUUGACUUUUGGACGAUUCAAAUGACUUCAGAUAUUUGUUUAUUCUGCUUUUAAAGAUUUUCGCCAGAAAAAAGAAAGCUUCAAAAAAGCUCAGGAAGUUUUCGAUUUAAUUCUACUGUGGAAUGUAAAAUGGAGAACUGUCUCGGCAAUCCUAAGAUCCUUGCCAACAUUCUAGCUUUUCUGGAGGGAUCAAAUUUGGCUGACCUUGAGGUGGUGUCGAGGGAAUGGAACAACUGCAUUGCCCAGUCCAGUCUGUGGAAGGUGAGGUGUAUGGUCGACAUAGAGAGACAUGAACUGCUGGACUACAUCAGCUGGCACACAAUCGAGAAGGGAGAACUCAGAUUUCGAGGACCACUGUCCGAUUGUACAGGCGAAUACUGGAAACGAAUCUAUGCCGAAUGGUGGAAUGGUUUCACGAGUAUACACCACCCCUACACUACCACUCAAUCUACAAUAGAACUGAGCGAGCACGAGAGCCGAAAGGGCACGACUGUCGUGACGAGUGCCUACAUGUUGGGUUCGUGGAUACUCGUCGGCACGAACAACGGUGAAGUGUUCGUGUAUUGUCGUCGCCAGCAGAAACGAAUCAAAACUGUUCAGCAGCAUGAAAACCGAAUUAUAAGUGUGUUGAUGUUCAAUGAGCGACAUGUGGAUAAAUAUGACGAGGAUUCAAAACAGGGCUGUUUGCUAGACUCUAAAAACAAAUUCAUUUCAUCAUGCGGCAAUUUGCUUUGA